UGAAGGAAAGAAAGAAAAAUUCAGCCCUAUCUAUAAGGAGCAAAAAUAGAUAAAGUAGAAGGAAUGGAUGAAUUUCAAAAUUGGUGACUACUGAUAGAUUCAAUUGAAGCCGUAGAUCCUCGUCAUCCCUGACAUUCGGCAUACAGAUUAAUAGUAUAAAAGAUUGGAACACUGAGCCUACUUCGUACAUAAACUUCGCCACUUGGCAUCCUUACCAUUACUAUGGAUUACGGUGUGAUUUGGCUUUUGAUCAUAAACUUCAAUUGUAGUUUGAUUGAUUGCUGAAAAUGGGAGAGGGACGAGGAGAAGAGGACUUGCCGAGAGAUGCAUAGAUCGUGAAAUCGCCGCUAAAAUCAAUGGCUGUGGAAGACUACGGGGGUGUCAUCCACCAAUUCUUGCAAGUUUGUUACAACAGGUACGUGGUGUAUGUACUUAGGAAUGGGCAGAUUUACUCGGACCACGCCGGCAAAUCUGUGAUCGAUUCCGACGAUGUCAAGCUUGCCAUACAGUGUCAAUUUCAGCUUCUCGCACCCUCCUCCAGGUCAUCAGGUCCUACUAGAAUUAGCUACGAACAUAAACAACCUGAACUUUACCAAAAUCAAUUGCCGGGCCUGGAAUUCCACUCCCUCCUGAACAGGACCACCCUAAUUAGCCCCAACUACCAGUUUGCUAUUGCAAGAAAAGAAACCAAACCAAGCAAGCAGUUGAAGAAACAGAUGGAGAGACUGCUGAUCCUCUUCCCAACAACAGAGGAUAGAUGCUUCGCCAGCCACUCUUCAGCCUGCAAUCUUUUCCAAUUGGACCUAAACGAUCAAGAUGAGCUUUUUAGUCUGGCUGGCAUUGCAGGCGCCUGCAGGGCAUACAGUCCCGUAUUGGGUUGUGUACAUAUUUUUCUCACAGCAAAGUUCCCAGGAAUGUCAACAUUUGUGAUCCCCCUUUUCUUGAGCUUGACUGCCUUCACGGAAGCAGGGAGUUGGGGCCGAGACAGUAGUUAAGGUGCUUUAACCUGGGGCUUGUGUUGACCGUUUGUUGGUUAGGUGGUUUUUAGGUACAAGCUGUAGCACAUACACCAGGAGGGUUAUCCUUAUCCCACAAAAUUUUCUAGUCAAGCUGUUUUGAACUCGGAUCUAA